GACUUUUUUUUCUUUUUUCUUUUCUAAACUCUUAUAGCUAAUUUUGAUGUCCAUUGGAUCCAGUUCUAUCAAUCUAAACCAAUGGCUCUAUUCCUUAUAAAUUGGACCCCCCCCCCUUUCGAACCCUAGUCCCUUCUCCAUUCCUCCCCUCUUAGACACCGCCGCUGUCACCAUACCAAACCCUCCGCCUCUAGCAAGGUCGUUCACUAUCCCUUCGCUCUAGCCACCUCUCCGGCAAGCCAUCUUAUGCUUCCCUUCAUCUUGUUGGAUCUAUCAAUGCUUGCUUUGCCAAUCGAUGACGAUCACCACCCAUAGUCCGGUAAGAUCCAGUCAUGCCCAUCUCGCUAUUGCACGACCACAACGGACCAUAGUCUAAUCUAGCAGUAACCCACUUCACCGUCCACGACCACCACCGCGUAGUGCUCCAGUCUGUAUAAAACUUUCCUCCAUCGCAAGCUUUUUGCCAAGGUGAUCACCAGCUGAGCCUGUAAGCGCACGCCCACACAAACACUCUGGUCUGUGUCUCUGCCGCGCACCAGAGCGUGGUGGGUGUGUCUCUUGUCUCCCGCGCCCCCAGCCCACGCACGCCACGCGAUGCCAGCCUCCUCCUCCUCCUCCCGCUGGUCAUGGUUGCACAAGCUGAAGCUGCGGAGGAGGAGGAAGAAGAAGAGCAAGCGGGCGAGCCCCGCGUCAACGGCCCGACCCUCCGACGCGUCCGCCGUCCCCCCGGCGGCGCCACGCCAGCCACCGGCGGCGGCGGCGCCGGCCGGCGGCCUGAGCCCGUGCUGCUGCUACUGCCCCAACAGGGAGUCGUACUACCUCAACAGCGCCGACCGCGCGCGCCAGGAGGACAGGCAGGACAUGUUGCUCCCGUGCGACGACGAGGUGGAGGAGGAGGAGGCUCUCGACGUCGGCGUCGACGUGGUCCACCGCCGGGCCGACGGCCUCGACGCGCCGCCAGCGACGCCGGAGCUCAAGCUGAGGCCCAUCGUCACGAGCCGGCGGCACGCCGCCGCCGGCAAGAACGAGGCGUCGGACAGCUCAAGCACCUCGGCGGCCACGACGCCGUCUACCAGGGCGCGGGGGUUCCACGUGAGACCGACCGCCGCCAGCAGGAGGCUGCGCCGCGUCGGCAGCAGCGGCGGCGGCCACGACAGCAACAAUGCCGGCACACCGGUGUCGGCGCCGGCGCCGGCGUCGUCGUCGUCGUCGGUGAGCGCGGGGAGGCCGAGCCGGCGGCCGCGGCGGCGGCGGAUGUGGCUGCGGGAGAGCGAGGCGGUGGUGUUGGAGUCGACGGAGCCGGAGCUGGAGCUGGUGGACAGCAUGAUCGAGAUGCUGUGCACCAAUGGCGUCCGUCGGCUGGAGGACCUGCAGGACCUCCUCGCCUGCUACCUCUCGCUCAACGCCGCCGAGCACCACCGCACCAUCGUCGCGCUCUUCCGCCGCGUCGUCCUCGUCUGGAUCCACCUCGGCAGCCAGAGGCUUCUUCCCGGCCAGUGAUCAAACCAGCUCAGUGAAUCCAUUGCUCAACUCGAUGCAUGCAUGGUGAUCGAUCAUGGCGUGCUCAAUUGAUCAAUUCUUCAUGGUUACUUCCAUCCGAGUGAUGACUGAUCAACUCGUCAUCAGUUACUGUUAAUUUCUGUUCUUGACUUCUUGUACAUUCUUGAGACAUGGCGCUUGUGUUAAAAGAGAUCGGGUUGCUUGUCAGGUUAAGUAAACUAAACAUAGUUUUCUUUUCUCUUUCGUUAA